CAACGCACUGAGGUCUCCAUGUUCCACGUCACGGCUUCAUGGGUUCUUGCCCGUAAUAGCGAGAAACCCUUUUGGCCUACAAAGGGGCCGGUUUCCUAUCAUUUCUCGCAACUUUAAGUACCACCAUCGCGAUCAUCAUCACAAGAGCUCGCCCGACCAUCUUCUCCCGUCUGUCAGCCAUGUUUUCUGAGUCCAAUACACUUAUUGGACAAAGUACAUACCAACUUAGGUCAGUAAGUCAGUAAGUCAGUAGAUCUAAGUCAAGUUUAGGAGAGUAUUGUUACCAAACAAAGAGCGACCAAAACAAAGGAGGCUGCAGGAGCCUUACAAGAAAAAAUCCAGCCACCAGCUGCGUCCAUGGAGACACGUCCGUAAUAAGACUACAGCAUGGCAAGGUUCGACUACAUACUUGCCGUAACCAUGGCCAUAUCCCUGAUCUGGGGUAUUGUUAUACUGGCCUUGGGGGCAAUCAUGCGCUUCAGUCUUGGAAAGCUGAUUAGCAACUACAUCCAUGGGCUGGGGGAUAUCAUUGACCUAAACGUCUGCGUCACGGCCAGUAAACAAAACAUUUGCCCCGUGGAAAUGAAUGUUUCGGAUGAUAUCAACCUGGGAGACUGGGCAUCCUGGCUCGGUGCCAUAGUCAUUCUUGCUGGAUUUGUAGUGACCAUCUUCUCGGCCGUGGGAUUCGUAGCAGCUCUGAAACACAGCACCCCGCUCAUUAUUUUGUUUAUUGCUUUUUGUCUUAUUGCCACCGCAUGCCAGUUUUAUUUGGUUCAGAUUGCUACCUCUGAGGAUAUUUCAUUUCACAAGAACGCUAAAGACCAGUUGUCCAACAUUUUGAGAAGUGAUUACAGAAUAGAGGGGAAGAACCUGUUCACCAUGGCAUGGAACGGAAUCAUGUUGAUGGCUCAAUGCUGUGGUGUGAACUCAGUCAACGACUUUUCCAAGAAUUAUACGUACACAGAAAAAAGUGACCCAAGUAUCGUUAUGCAGCCCAUUCAGUUAUACGUUCCUCCAGCCUGCUGCAGACGAGCCUACUUCGUCCGCGGUAAUGCAGAGUACGGACUUCAGCAGCUGAUCCAGUGUGCUAAAGAGAAGCCAGGGGGAGAUAAUGCAGCCAGGAUAAAUACCAAGGGCUGCUAUGGAGAAGUAUUUAAAGAGAUUAACAAAAAUCAUGGUCCGGCCAUCAUGGGGCUGUUGCUCUUCAUCAUAAUAUGGGAGAUGCUGCAAAUAGUCCUCGGGGUGCUGGUCAAGUUCACCCCGCCUCCGAAAGAGGAGCGGAAGUCUGCGGUGGAGCAACGUCUGAGCACGAUCCCGAGAGACAGUGUGGUGCAGCCGAAAGUCAAAAAGUUCGUUCCCUACUCCAAAGUCAGCACUUUCGCCCACCCAGAGCUGAACCGAAUCAAAUCUACAGAAAUUUGGUAGUGUGUAUUUAAGAAGGCAACCACAGGUUAUAAUCGCAGUGUCCUUGGACUCAAGUGGACCCGUGGACUUACCAUCUCGUUGCUGACACCCUAAUGUAUUGUGCGACCAUAUAUAUAUAUAUAUAAAUAUAUAUAAGAAUGUAUAGUUCAGUUGUUGUUUUUUUUUUUUACUUUAUACUUUUAUAAUUUUAGAGCCAUAUAUAUAUAUAUAUAUAUAUAUAUAUAUAUAUAUAUAUAUAUAUAUAUAUAUAUAUAUACAAUCUGUGUACAUUGAACUAUAUCUGUAAAUGUAUAUAUUAUACGUGUUAACAAAAAUUUAUGUAAGUCACUGUCUAAUCACGUGGCCAUGAUAAUAAUCAACUCGGCGAUGGUACAAGUAUAUUACAAGCCUCACUGAGUGGUGCCCUAUGGGAUUCGGUGCUAAUAGGAUGGCGAGCAAUCUCUAUACACCAAGUGUGCGUGAUUUGACAUUCUCUAUCUUCGCGCAAAGCAAUUUAAUGAAUCGCAAUAAUGUCUUUUAUUUUUUAAAGGGAGAGUCCAGCUGUUUUUCUCCAAUGUACUUUGUUUGUGUGUGAUGAGAACAAAUACUAUUUCCAGCCAAACAUACAGCAACCAAUGUACGUAGUCCUUUCAUUCUGCAAGUGUUGACUUUUUAUUUACGGUGUUUGUUUCUUUUUGACCAUCAACACACCUACACACUCGCUGUACACACACGCACUCCUUGACUAGGUCUAAGAGCAGAUGCCUCUUGAUUGUCACCUGAAUGUGAAACAAAAUAAAAAGAACCGCUUUAUGAAGAGAAAUUGUUUGAUUUUUGUUUGUGUCAAGACUUGAAUAAAAUUGACAAGAAACU